UGGGUCAGGUGUCUUUAUGUUUGAAGAUGACUCCAUAUUUGGGUUGUUUCCACAGAACUCUUUCCUAGAAAUGUUUUUUCUAGAUUAAUGGCUAUGAAUAUUUCUAGGCACCUGACAUAUUGACACCCACCUCUCAAGUACUUUUAUGAUCCACAACUAGCAUUUAACACAGCGCCCUAGUCACUCCGAGACUAAUAAAUAGACAAAUGACUGAAACGUGACCUCCAGCUUUCUAUUCCUCAGCUUUCAUUCAGUUCCUUGCCUCUGGGAGGAGGAAGGGCUGUGCAGCCCUCCACAGCAUCAGCCCAUCAACCCUACCCCUGUUGUUAUAGCAGCUGAGGAAGCAGAAUUGCAACUCUGUGGGAAGGACUGGGGCCGGAGAGUUCAUGCAUAGACCAGUUCUUAUGAGAAAGGACCAGCUAAGAAUAGCUUUGGGUUGACACACACUCCUCUUCACACUCACAGGAGAAACCAUUUCCCCAUGAAGCUAGACCAGUCAUGAGUUGAGAGCUGAGAGUUAGAGAAUCGCUCAGAGAUGCUAUUCUUGGAUAUCCUGAGCCCCUGUGGUCACCGGGGACCCUGAGUUGUGCAACACUCAGCAUGACAGCAUCACUACGCUUAAAAAUUUCCCUCCUCACCCCCAGAUUCCAUUUCCCCAUCCGCCAGGGCUGCCUAUAAAGAGAAGGAGAGAUGGCUUCAGACUUCAGGAGGACACAGGCAGCAGAGAGUGGUCAGUCCCUUCUUGGCUCUACUGACACUCGAGCCUACAUUCCAACACCUGCUCAGAAUCAUGCAGGUCUCCACUGCUGCCCUUGCUGUCCUCCUCUGCACCGUGGCUCUCUGCAACCAGAUCUUGGCAACAUUUGCUGCCGACAUGCCGACCGCCUGCUGCUUCAGCUACAUCUCCCGGCAGAUUCCACAGAAUUUCAUAGCUGACUACUUUGAGACCAGCAGCCAGUGCUCCAAGCCUGGUGUCAUCUUCCUAACCAAGAGAGGCCGGCAGGUCUGUGCUGACCCCAGUGAGGAGUGGGUCCAGAAAUACGUCAGCGACCUGGAGCUGAGUGCCUGAGGGGUCCGGAAGCUUCGAGGCCCAGUGACCUCGGUGGACCCAGUGGAGAGCGGGAGCCUGAGCCUUGGGAACAUCCCUGUGACCUCCACAGCUACCUCUUCUAUGGACUGGUUGUUGCCCAACAGCCACUGUGGGACUCUUUUUAACUUAAAUUUUAAUUUAUUUAUACUAUUUAGUUUGUGUAAUUUAUUUUCGAUUUCACAGUGUGUUUGUGAUUGUUUGCUCUGAGAGUUCCCCUGUCCCCUCUCCCUUCCCUCACACUGUGUUUGGUGACAACUGACUGUCAUUUGCCUGCCAUAGGCAGUCAUGGUACCAAAGCCACCAGACUGACCAAUGUGUAUCGGAUGCUUUUGGUCAGGGCUGUGAUCGGCCUGGGGAACUAAUAAAGAUGCUCUUUUAAAAGGUAA